AUCCCAGGCAAGGGAGACAGAAAUCAGGGAGAAAGCCCGAUCGCGGUGGAUGGAUGUGGUCCUACUUCCCUGAGCGAUCUUUCUCGCUGCCGUCCUUUGGACCUGUCUUAUCUCCAGCAUCCCUCCUUGAUCGAGCCGCUGUUCUCGGGUAGUUGAGUGUUGCUGACAUGCUGACAUGCUGUGCAUAUUAUCCCGAAGAAGGUUCCCGGGGAUUUCCUUUCAAUGCUGUCAUGUUCCCUUAGUUAAGAAGAAUAUUCAACAGUCUUUGAACAUGAGAUAUGCGGCACUCUCCUUUCUAUGGAUAAACUGGUGCUAUGUGUGGCAAGCGAAAGCAGAAUUCUUCACAUCCAUAGGUCAAAUGACGGACUUAAUUUUCACGGAAAAAGACCUGGUCAAAUCUCUGAAGGAAUAUAUAACUGCAGAAGAGACAAAGUUAACAGCAAUUAAAAGCUGGGCUGAAAAGCUGGAUGAACUGACACGCACAUCAACGUCUGACCCAGAAGCAUAUCUGGGCCAUCCAGUAAAUGCAUACAAGCUAAUGAAAAGGUUGAACACGGAAUGGGUAAAACUGGAAAGUUUGGUUCUGCAGCAUACUUCUGAUGGCUUCAUUGCCAAUCUCUCGAUUCAGCGGCAGCACUUCCCUACAGAUGAAGAUGAGAGUGGAGCAGCAAAAGCCCUCAUGCGUUUGCAAGACACUUACAAGCUGGAUUCAGACAGCAUUUCCAAGGGCAGGCUGCCAGGUGUGCAAUACCUGGUCUCUCUCACAGUCGACGACUGCUUUGAGUUGGGGAAGGUUGCUUAUAACGACGGCGACUACUACCACACCAUUUUAUGGAUGGAACAAACCCUGAAGCAGAUGGAGGAAGGGGAGCCUGGAGCAGUGACGAAAGCUGAAGCCUUGGACUAUCUCAGCUACUCUGUGUAUCAGAUGGGAGACCUAGCACGUGCCUUAGAACUAACAAAUCAUCUAAUAGCUGCUGAUCCAACACACUUGAGAGCAAAGUCUAACCUCCACUACUUUACUAACUUGCUGAAAGAAGAGGAGCAAGCAAAUCAAAGGACAGAUGAAGAACCCUCUGAACCUUUGGCAACAGGGACCUAUGCACGGCCGAAAGGGUACUUGCCCGAGCGGGAUGCCUAUGAAGGUCUGUGUCGAGGGGAAGGAAUUAAGAUGACUGCUCGACGGCAGAAGCGAUUGUUCUGUCGUUACCACAACAACAACAACCAUCCACGUUUGCUUUUUGCCCCCAUCAAAGAGGAAGAUGAGUGGGACAGUCCGCACAUUGUUCGAUACCAUGAGGUGUUGUCUGAUGCAGAAAUCGAAAGGAUUAAAGAAUUAGCCAAGCCCAGGUUGGCCAGAGCCACAGUUAGGAACUCAGUCACUGGGAUCCUAGAGACAGCGAACUAUAGAAUCAGUAAGAGUGCCUGGUUGGAUGAUGAUGAAGAUCCUGUCGUGCACCGGGUCAACCAGCGGAUAGCGGACAUCACGGGCCUGGAUGUGGAGACAGCUGAGUUACUUCAGGUGGCAAAUUAUGGAGUAGGAGGGCAGUAUGAACCACACUUUGACUUCUCCAGACGUCCGUUCGACCGCAACCUUGCGACGGAGGGGAAUAGACUAGCCACGUAUUUAAAUUAUAAAAAUGAACAGGAUGCUUUCAGAGAAUUAGGUACUGGAAAUCGCCUUGCUACUUUUUUAAAUUACAUGAGUGACGUUCCAGCAGGCGGAGCCACAGUAUUUCCCGACUUUGGAGCUGCCAUAUAUCCAAAGAAGGGAACAGCAAUCUUCUGGUAUAACCUUUUUAGAAGUGGAGAAGGUGAUUACAGAACGCGACAUGCAGCCUGUCCAGUAUUAGUAGGAAGUAAAUGGGUUUCCAACAAAUGGAUCCAUGAGAGAGGACAAGAGUUCAAGAGAUCAUGUGGAUUGACAGAAGUGGAGUAAGUGUGUGGACCGUUCUGUCUUCCCACUUUAUUUCCAUCCCUUCUUUUAUCAAGACAAGCAGUCAAGAUAUUCCUUUUUUCCCUAUUGAGUGCCAAUCACCUUCUGCAUUCCAUUGACCUUUUAUCUCAGCGUUGUCUCCAUUUUGUUUCAUUUCUUCUCCUUUGUGAACCGAUAUUCAUCGGGGAAAGAAAAACACUCUGUGUGGUAUUUUCUAUCGGUGGUCCAUUGUGUACAUGAAGAUGAUUCAUUCUCAGUGUCAAAAAUUAGAGCACUUUGGUAAAGCAACCCAGAGAAGACAGCAAGCUUUUCAUUUUGGGGAAAAUAGUGAAUGAACGCAUCAGUGUAAUUGCGUUACCUUCAUCAUUUCUUACUGACUUCAAUUGGAACAGUGUAGUUUGGACAUGUUGUUCCACCAUAUGGAUGCAGUUGCACGAUCCUUACAUCCUGUGCACUUCGCCAACCUCUCCCUUUCCAGGCCAUUCCAACAUAACAGGUCUAUUUUCAUGAGAAGAUUUUGUGUUAUCAUUCUGUUUGCUCAUUCUAACUUUGAAAAUCACCAGCAGACUUGCAUUCAAUUUUCGUCACCAGAUAAUGAUUAUUGCAGAUGGUAAAACGAUCCCUUUGAGAAGCUAAAUUAAUCCAAAUUGCUUCUAAACUGAAUUAAAAGUAACAAACACCAAUAUGACCAACCAAUUUGUUAUAUAAAGAAAGUGCUGGAAAUCCGAGGCCAGUUAGACAAAGUCUUCGAUGAGUUAACGCUUCAGUUAGUGAACAGAGGACAAGAACAUCAACCCUGAAUGUUGACUGUGUCUCUCUAGAAAUGCUGUUUGAUGGCUGAAUAUUUCCAGCAUCUACACUUGUUGGCUUCUGAUCCAAUUUAUUUUUGAUUCUCUACUCUAAGAACUACUAUGAAAUGGGUCCUGGUUCAUGGAUUAAUGUACACCUACCCAAUAAAGAUCAGUGAGGAAAAGGGAACACAUCCAGUCUUCACUGUGAUGCUAAACGUCCUUGAACAAUUUGAGAAAUAUUAAUUGGACUUGCUGUGUGUAUUAAUUAAUCCCUUGGACAAAAUUGUUGAAGUGGAAGUUUAUCUUUCGCCACAUCGUCUAAUUUUCAUUACAAGUGACCAUGUAUGAAUUCCAUUCUCAACAAAGAUUUAUAUUUCUGAGCAAGAUCAUUACAAGGACUAUUACCAUUAUGUGUCCACACCUUUUACAACGAAUAUUGUCAUUAUGUGUGCAAAUCUUUUUCAAGGACUAUUGCUAUCACUAUUGUGUGCCCACACCUUGUAAAAGGACUAUUGCCACAAUAUUUCUACUUCCCUUGGUUCUUGAGCCAUCAACUAGAAACAUAAGAUCACAGAUCCUCUCCACAAUCUGCUUUUAAUUCUAGAAUUAAACACUGGCAGAGUUGGUUGUGGAGUUAAAAUUGCAUAAAAUUGAGCCAUAAAAUCCAGUCAAUUUAUUUGCUAGCCUGGCCUUUCUGCGAUAUGUCUAUUUUAGAAUCCUAAAUGUAAAGUCAUUCCUUAAAGCAAUUUUUAGAUCACCAUUAACAGAGACAACUUUAACUGGUUUCAUUCAGGUAGGGUAAAAUGAGAGAUUCGGGGGGUGGGGAAGGGCAGCCACAGAUUUUGAAUGGCAAUUGAUUAUCCAGCUAUCAAAUUAAUUAUGAAGCAGAAACAGGAGGCAAAGGGAGCUCCUGCACUGAGCAGCAGUUGGGAAACAGUGUUAUACAGAACUAAUGCUGAGAACAGGUUUUAAACAUAUCUGUGGUAAAUGACAUUUGUAUUAGGAGGGGUGGUGGAGGGUUGAGGUUAGUAUAAUCAUCCCUGUGACCACCAGGGUUUCAUCUGGAUGCUCCAGUUUGCAGCUUUGUAAAGCAGCAUAACUCCCUAUUAGUUAAAAGGCAAAGUAAAUCAAAGGGGAGUUGAAGGGCAAAUAUGAACAAGUAGCUGAUUGUGCAGGAAACUAAGGAGAGGGAGAAUGGGACUAACAGGAUUACUCCCCUGGGAGCCAACAGGGAAACACAAAUAGCCUCCUCCUGCUUUAUAACUAAGAUAACAAGAGUGAAAUCAAGGAAAAAAG